AAGGGGUGGGUGAAUCGCCUUUGCCGAGAUGCAAUGCGAUGCGAGCAUCGUACGAAACGAAACGAAACGAAAACUAGUUUGAUUAAAGCAGCGUUGCCAGGAGGUUGUGUUGCGCGUUUUAGUACAACAACAUUGAAAUUAUCAUUGUUUAUAAACAAAAUCCGCCAAGAUAAGUUACCUGGACAAUGUUUUUAUGAAUAAAGUUAAUAACAUUCGCUACUAAACUAUAUAAUACCCGUGUUAGCAGUGUUUCUUGUGAAUUUGUUACGUUUUAUUCGAGUGUAUAAUCUUGUAUCGCCGAGAACUGCUUCGUUGAUUUGGUCGGACGGUGGUUGAAAAUGUGAAACAAAAUUUAAUAUUGUGUUGUUUGUGAACAUUUGAGACUGAGAUGAAGGUUGCCGGUAUCGUUUAUAUAUAAGAAACUGGACGGAAAAGGUGGAACGAUGAAGUGGUAUAUUUUUGUGUUCUUGCUGCCCUCGUGUUUGGCUCAUCUCAAUGUUUACCUGAGCAGUGCAGAAGUAUGGAGAUUACUAGGAUUAACAGCGGAGCUAUUCUACGUGCGAGAGGGACAGAUAAACUUUUACGCGCUGAACUUCGUGGUGCCAGUGCCGGCCACCAUCGGAGAGUUGCACUUUACGUGGCAGAGUUUGACAAGGAGACCGUUACCUUACUCGCUGAACGUUGAAGUAGUAUCGCAUGCGGACGCAAUGCAUCCACCGACAUUCAACAUCACGAGAGAAGGAUUCGUUCCGACGGAACCGCGAACAUGGAAAAUCGAUUUGCCUUGCACGCACACCGUCGCCGCCGAAGUGGACAUUACGAUAUCACUGAAUGUCUCUAUGGGAUCCACAUCAACCACGCUUCACUUCAGAAGGAGGAAGAUUUGUUUAAAAGAAGCGCCCAGGCCGGCGGUUAGGGUUGACAGCGUUGCCCAGGCACCUACAUCAGCGGAUAUAUUCUAUGCGGGAGCCGGUUGUGCCGGCGCCGCGCUUCUGAUAGCGGCAGUAGCGGCAGCAGCUUGUAGAGCCCGAGCAAGAAAACUCCGACGCGCACGCAGCGACGAACAAGAUGCACACGCUUUCCUCCCAGAUUCCUCCUGCAAGUCAGCUGCCAGUUACACCAGCUACCGACGUCCUACUUCCAUUCCCGCAGCGGCAGCGGAAGAGCGCGCGAGGGACCUGCAACAGAGAAUAGCAGAGUUGACGAUUCAGCGAUGUCGCGUCAGACUGCGCUCAGUGGCGAUGGAGGGGACGUUCGGAAGAGUGUACAAGGGAACGUACGCUGAUGAGGAAGCCAGGGAACAGGAGGUGCUCGUUAAGACUGUUGCGGAACAUGCGUCGCAAGUGCAGGUAUCAUUGCUACUACAAGAAGGCUGCAUGCUCUACGGCCUGCGACAUGAACGUGUACAAUCAGUGCUCGGCGUUAGCAUCGAAGACCAAACUGCUCCAUUCCUCCUGUAUCCAUGGGGCGCUACGUGGAGAAACCUGAAGCAAUUCCUUCUGGCGUGUCGAGGAGUGACUGUGGGCGGGGCGGCGGGGAGCGCGCCGCCGCCGCCGCCGCUUACUACACAACAUGUUGUUAGAAUGGCACUACAUGCGCUGGAUGGAUUAGCGUUUUUGCACUCGCAACAUGUCUUACACAAAGACAUUGCUGCCAGGAAUUGCAUUGUCGACGAAAACCUUCGAGUGAUGAUCGCCGACAACGCCCUCUCCCGCGAUCUCUUCCCCGCGGACUACCACUGUCUAGGCGACAAUGAGAACCGGCCCAUCAAGUGGCUGGCCCUGGAAGCCCUGAGCAAACGUCAGUUCAGCCCGGCAGCUGAUGUUUGGGCGCUAGGAGUUCUGCUAUGGGAGUUGACCACGUUGGCUCACCAGCCGUACGCAGAAGUCGAUCCGUUUGAGGUCGCUGCGUAUCUGAGGGAUGGAUACCGGUUACAACAGCCGGCGAACUGUCCGGAUGAAUUGUUCGCUGUAAUGGCGUACUGCUGGGCGAUGUCGCCCGACGACCGGCCCACGCUGCCGCAGCUACAGAUCUUCCUAAGGGACUUCCAUACGCAACUCACGAGAUUCGUCUAAUACGCUGUGAAGAACUAUUUCAGUGAACAGUGAACGUAAAGAACGAACACAGUGAAACAAAAGUGAAACAAAACUGGUACAGUUAA